AUGAAGUUUUCCGCGAUAGCGCUGGCAACCCUGCUGGGGGCUGCUGUUGCUGAUCUCGACCCUAUUGUUAUCAAGGGCACCAAGUUCUUUUACUCCAGCAACGAUACCCAAUUCUACAUGCGAGGAAUCGCCUAUCAGCAGGAGUCUACCGAUAGCAAUAGCUACAAGGACCCUUUGGCCGAUGCCGAGGCUUGUGCCCGUGAUGUCCCCAUUCUGCAGGAGCUGCGCACCAACGUGAUUCGUACCUAUGCCAUCAACCCCACGGCUGACCACUCGGCUUGCAUGAAGCUUUUGCAGGAUGCUGGUAUUUACGUGAUCUCCGAUCUAUCCGAGCCGAAACUGUCGAUCGAUCGCGACGAUCCCUUCUGGAACACCGAACUCUUCCAGCGAUACACCGAUGUGGUCGAUGAACUGUCCCAAUACAGCAACGUCAUUGGGUUCUUUGCCGGAAACGAGGUUUCUAACAACAUCGCUACUUCUGAUGCUAGCGCCUUUGUCAAAGCCGCUGUUCGCGACACGAAGAGGCAUAUCAAAAAGAAGGGCUAUCGCCCGAUGGGUGUCGGAUAUGCUACCGCUGAUGUGAGCAGCAUCCGUGCGAACAUGGCUGACUAUUUCGACUGCGAGGAUACCGACGAGGCAAUUGAUUUCUGGGGAUACAAUAUCUACUCGUGGUGCGGCUCCUCCUCCACUUACGCCAGAUCUGGGUAUAAGGACCGUACGGAAGAAUUCGCCAACUACUCCGUUCCUGUCUUCUUCGCCGAGUAUGGCUGCAACGAGGUGAAACCCCGCACCUUUACCGAUGUCAAGGCUCUUUAUGAGGACCCCAUGGCUGAAGUUUGGUCCGGUGGUAUCGUGUACAUGUACUUCCAGGAGGCCAACGACUACGGACUCGUCUCCGUCAUCGACAGCACCAGUGUCAAGACUCUACCCGACUUCAAGUAUUAUUCCAGCCAGAUCGCCAAAGUGAACCCUACUGGCACCAAGAAGGCCUCCUACACACCGACCUUGGCUGCUCUGCGCAGCUGCCCUACCGUAAACUCCAAGUGGGGUGCUGAGGCGUCCCCCCUGCCCCCCGUCGCCGACGCCGGUCUGUGUGAGUGCAUGUACGAUGCCUCCGCUUGCGUGGUGUCCGAAUCCCUCGACUCCAAGCGAUAUGCCAAACUAUUCAGCACCGUCUGCGGCUACACCGACUGCAGCGGUCUGGAAGCCAAUGCGACCACUGGCGAGUAUGGCGCUUACAGCAUGUGUUCGACCAAGGAGAAACUUGCCUUUGCUCUGAACAAAUACUACAUUGAGCAGGACCGCGCUGCAGAUGCUUGUGACUUUGCUGGCUCGGCCACCGUCAAAUCCGUGUCCAAGGCUACCGGUUCCUGCGCGGCGCAGAUGAAGGAGGCCGGGGCCGCCGGGGUCGGAACUGUCACCACCGAGGGCGACGGCAAGGGUCGCUCUAGCUCUUCCUCAGAUGACGCCUCGACCUCGGCUACCUCGUCCAGCGCUGGUGUUAUCAGCAUCCACCCCAGCACAUCCUUUGGAUCUUUCCAGGUGGCAGCUUACAUUGCCACCGCGGUUCUGGCGGGUGUUGGAAUGAUCGCUCUAUAA